UCUUUCAAAAUGAGUCUUAAAAAGGAGGAUGUGGUGGCAUUUUUGGAAAAGAAUCCGGCAUUUACUGAUAAAUAUUUCAAGAAGAAACUCAAGCCAGAGACUAUAGCAACUGCGUUUGGCCGGAAAGGUCUGGCUGUUGAUUUUGCUACAUUCCGUGAACUUGUUCAGGUAGAAGAAAGCGAAAUCCUCUUUGAACUUAUAAAAGACAUGCAAGAAAGUAUAAACAUGGAAAAAGUUGUAUUUAAGACUCUAAGGAGAAUCAGUUGUCUUAUUCAUGCAGAUCGAUGUAGUCUCUUCAUGUACAGGCAAAGAAAUGGUACUGCUGAGUUAGCCACAAGACUUUUCAAUAUCCAGAUGGACAGUAAAUUGGAAGAUUGUCUGGUACCACCUGACAGCGAAAUUGUGUUUCCUUUGGAUAUUGGCAUUGUAGGACAUGUUGCACACACAAAGAAAACCAUUAACAUCAGGGACGUUUCUGAGAAUACAAUAUACAGCAAAUUUGCAGAUGAACUUACAGAUUAUGCUACAAAGAGUGUACUGGCUACACCUAUUAUGAAUGGAAAAGAUGUAGUGGCCGUUAUUAUGGCAGUCAACAAAACUGAUGGUUCCUUCUUUACUAAAAAGGACGAAGAUAUGUUUUUGAAGUACUUAAAUUUUGCCUCAUUAAAUCUGAAAAUUUAUCACUUGAGCUAUCUACAUAACUGUGAAACACGACGAGGACAGGUACUGUUAUGGUCAGCAAACAAAGUGUUUGAAGAGCUUACAGAUAUUGAAAGACAAUUCCACAAGGCCUUUUAUACUGUCAGAGCAUAUCUAAACUGUGACAGGUAUUCUGUUGGACUUUUGGACAUGGCGAAAGAUAAGGAAUUCUUUGACUUGUGGCCUGUUCUGAUGGGAGAGGUUCCUCCCUAUUCUGGACCACGUACACCAGAUGGAAGGGAAAUUGUAUUCUACAAGGUUAUUGAUUACAUCCUGCAUGGAAAGGAAGACAUCAAAGUUAUUCCAAACCCCCCUGCAGAUCACUGGGCUCUGGUUAGUGGGCUCCCGACAUUUGUUGCAGAGAGUGGAUUUAUUUGCAACAUUAUGAAUGCAGCUGCAGAUGAAAUGUUCAAAUUUCAGAAAGAGCCAUUGGACGAAUCUGGCUGGCUUAUUAAAAAUGUUCUCUCAAUGCCGAUUGUAAACAAAAAGGAAGAAAUUGUUGGCGUUGCCACCUUUUACAACAGGAAGGAUGGAAAACCUUUCGAUGAGAUGGAUGAAACUCUGAUGGAGUCUUUGACACAGUUUCUGGGAUGGUCUGUUCUAAACACUGAUACUUAUGACAAGAUGAAUAAGCUGGAAAACCGUAAAGACAUUGCACAGGAUAUGGUGAUGUACCACUUAAAGUGUAACAAGGACGAAAUUCAAGAUAUUCUGCCAUCUCGAGAAAAACUUGGAAAAGAGCUUGAGCAAUGUGAUGACGAUGAAAUUGCACAACUACUGAAAAAACAAUUGCCAGGACCUACCAAAUUUGAAAUAUAUGAAUUCCGAUUCUCUGAUUUUGACUGCACUGAAAUUGAUCUUGUAAAAUGUGGAAUCCAAAUGUACUAUGAACUUGGUGUGGUAAAAAAGUUUCAAAUUCCCCCUGAGGCACUGGUGAGGUUUAUGUAUGCUAUGAAGAAGGGAUAUAGAAAGGUUACCUAUCACAACUGGCGUCAUGGAUUCAAUGUUGCACAAACCAUGUUCACACUUCUGAUGACUGGGAAGCUAAAGCGCUAUUAUACAGAGCUAGAAGCCAUGGCCAUGGUUACUGCAGGGUUUUGCCAUGAUAUAGAUCACAGAGGAACUAAUAAUCUUUACCAGAUGAAAUCUCAACAUCCUUUAGCAAAAUUACAUGGAUCUUCAAUUUUGGAAAGACAUCACUUGGAGUUUGGAAAGUUUCUACUGGCAGAUGAGUCUAUGAACAUUUACCAGAAUCUCAAUAGAAGACAGCACGAACAUGUCAUUCACCUGAUGGACAUUGCAAUCAUAGCUACAGAUUUGGCCCUUUAUUUUAAGAAGAGAACAAUGUUUCAGAAAAUCGUUGAUCAGUCUGAGACUUAUGAUGACCAGCAGAAGUGGACUGACUACUUGUCACUUGAAACAACAAGAAAAGAAAUCAUUAUGGCUAUGAUGAUGACAGCAUGCGAUUUAUCUGCUAUUACAAAACCAUGGGAAGUCCAGAGCAAGGUUGCUCUUUUAGUUGCGGCUGAAUUCUGGGAACAAGGUGACUUGGAGAGAACUGUGCUUCAGCAACAGCCUAUUCCAAUGAUGGACAGAAAUAAAUCUGCAGAACUGCCAAAACUCCAGUGCGGUUUCAUUGACUUUGUCUGCACAUUUGUAUAUAAAGAAUUUUCUCGCUUCCAUGUGGAAAUACAGCCAAUGUUGGAUGGUUUGAUGAAUAACAAAAAAGAAUGGAAAGCCCUGGCAGAUGUGUAUGAGGCCAAUAUGAAGGCAAUUGAAGAUGAAAAGAAGAAGAAAGAAGAAGAAAUUGCUGCAAAGAAAGCUGCUGCAGGUGGUGGCAAUGGCAAAUCUUCAACAUGUUCAAUCAUAUAA